UCAAACAGAUGUCACUGCAAAACAAAACAAACUUUUAACAAAAAGCAAUCUGUUUGCAUAUUUGGGACCUUUUGUAUGACAAUAUAGGACGUUUCCUCAGAAGAAUUCACGGAGAUUCUUUAAGGUUGGGGGUUUAAUCUAUUGAUAUUUUCCUUAGGUAGACAAAGACAACCUCUAAGUGCGCUCAGUUAAUCUUUAACCGCUACAUUAUCGUCACGCAGGCACUAAGACACAACUAGGGCAUAAUGAGUUUUAUUUCCACCAGAGGCGCCUAGUGACUCCCAGGUUCAAUGCUCCCAGGUGGCCGACAUGUGAUGUGCUCUACUUUUUGGGCUGGGGACAUUAACCCAACAAACUGCGGUCACAAGGAUCACGCGGAUAUUCUUGGGGACUUGGGGGAUGCCUAGCGAAAUGCGCUGUGCCUACGCCUCCAACUCUCGCCUGCUCUCCGGUGGGCGGCCUCGAACUCCAGCCUGCUCUCCGGCAGCCCACAGCAAUGCGCCUGCCGAGACCUUAGACUUCAAAACUCAGUGCGGCUCAGAGCUCGCCUCCAAGUGCGCCCCGCACCAGGCAGGCUUUCGGCGAUGACUCGCGUCCCACCCAUCUAGCCCUGGCCGCCGUCCCAACUCCCGCAGUUCACAGAGGCGGCGGCGGUGGUGAGGGCAGCCGAUGCCACAUCCCCAGCGGCAAGCUGAGGGAACCUGCCUCCUCUCCGGGGCAACCAAACGAUACAUCGGUGCCGGAACCGACCCGACGCUGGAGCCCGGCGACAUCCUUACCGUCGCUCUCCAGGCACACGCCCCCGUCAAAGGCGGCUCUGCGGCCCUCUCGCGAGAAAGCGCCCAUGGUCCCUCCUUCCUCUCAGCUGUCUGUCUCUCCCCGCCCCCGGAGUGAUUGCGCGGCUUCCUCCAGAGGGCGGGAACGUCGGACGUGGCGGGGCUGGGUCAGCCCGGGCGUUGGGCCUGGGGCGCUCGGCUCAGCUUCUCGGCAGGCUGGCUUUCCGCGCCGCUGUAAAGCCCCUGACAGGCCCCACGCCUGCCCAGGUAGACCGGCGCCAGCCCGAGUGACGCGUGGCGUGUGGCCGCGAGCAGGCGGCUCAGUGCGGCGGGGUGGGCGGGCGCCACACCUGUGCGGGCGAGGGUGGGGUGGGAAGGUGCGCAGGCGCGCUCGGGGCUGGUGGGCGGUGGCUCCUGGGAAGUUGCGCAGCCGAACUGGCCGGCUGGGCGCGCGAGCUCGAGGUGGUGUAAUCUCUCAGCCUUUCUGUGUCUCCUUUCCUCUGCCUCAGUUUGGGGCGGGUCGGGGGAAUGGCUGAGGAGAUGGAGUCGUCGCUCGAGGCAAGCUUUUCGUCCAGCGGGGCGGUGUCAGGGGCCUCCGGGUUUUUGCCUCCUGCCCGCUCCCGCAUCUUCAAGAUAAUCGUGAUCGGCGACUCCAAUGUGGGCAAGACGUGCCUGACCUACCGCUUCUGCGCUGGCCGCUUCCCUGACCGCACCGAGGCCACGAUAGGGGUGGAUUUCCGAGAACGAGCGGUGGAGAUUGAUGGGGAGCGGAUCAAGAUCCAGCUAUGGGACACAGCAGGACAAGAACGAUUCAGAAAGAGCAUGGUUCAGCACUACUACAGAAAUGUACAUGCUGUUGUCUUCGUGUAUGAUAUGACCAACAUGGCUAGUUUUCAUAGCCUACCGUCUUGGAUAGAAGAAUGCAAGCAACAUUUGCUAGCCAAUGAUAUACCACGGAUUCUUGUUGGAAAUAAAUGUGAUUUGAGAAGUGCCAUUCAGGUACCCACAGACUUGGCACAAAAAUUUGCUGACACACACAGUAUGCCUUUGUUUGAAACGUCUGCUAAAAACCCCAAUGAUAAUGACCACGUGGAAGCUAUAUUUAUGACCUUGGCUCAUAAGCUUAAGAGCCACAAACCAUUAAUGCUUAGUCAACCCCCUGAUAAUGAAAUUAUCCUGAAGUCCGAACCAAAGCCUGCAACAACGUGCUGGUGCUAAAUAACAGUCUUUAUUGUAUUAUCUAAUUUUGGCUAAAGAAAUACUUUUCAAGUAUGACAGUAAUAAGUCAUAAGAUUUAAUCUCAACUGUAAUGGGUCAUCUUGACACUUUGCUGUUUGUCAUUGUCACGCUUUUGUAUUUUGUAUCUACUUAAGUUUGUCACUGUGACAACACAGGAAAAGUUGGUUUUCAGGUGAGAUUGAAAAUGAAGCAAAGAUAGGAUGAAUCUGAACAUCUGUCCAUCUAGAGCCCAAUGAAGGAAGCUUCAAACGAGAACAUGAUGGAAUGUAAAGAAUCAGUAACCGUUCCAUGUUGUGUUCCUAGGAUUGGAUUAAAAUAUUAAAGGUUUAGCACACACCUAAUAGUAUGUCCUUUAAAUGGGAAGUGUUCUUAAUAGGGUAACAACUGGUAUUUGCCUCUCCCCGGAGUACCUUUUUUGUUUUUUGGUAGAGACAGGGUCUUGCUAUGUUUCCCAGGCUGGCCUUGAGCUCCCGGGCUCAAGCAAUCCUCCCACCUCAGCCUCCCCAGUGACUGGGACUGUACUCACCACUGCAUCUGGCCUUUCUUUGUUUUACUAACAUAUUUAGUUUUGUUAUUAUUGAUAUGUUUUAGAGCUAACACUUUAGUUCCAGUGGGAUAAGAAGGCACAGAAUAUUUCCUGGUUCCCAGUCCAUAAAGAAUGACUUUUCCAAGAGUUCUAGAUGUUUGAUUUUCUAAUAUUUAUCAGAUCUACAGAAAUCAUUGUUAUUUUUAAAAGAGUUACUUGAAUUGCUUUCUUUUUUUUUUUUUUUUUUUUUUUUUUUUUUUGAGACGGAGUCUCACUGUCUCCAGGCUGGAGUGCAGUGGCACGAUUUCGGCUCACUGCAACCUCCACCUCCCAGGUUCAAGUGAUUCUCCUGCCUCAGCCUCCCGGGUAGCUGGGACUACAGGCAUGUGCUACCACGCCCAGCUAAAUUUUGUAUUUUUAGUAUAGACAGGGUUUCACCAUGUUGAUCAGGAUGUUCUCAAUCUCUUGACCUCAUGAUCCACCCACCUCAGCUUCCCAAAGUGCUGGGAUUACAGGUGUGAGCCACCAUACCCGGUCGAAUUGCUUUCUUACUAAAUCCUAUUAAAAUAUGCAAAAAUAAGUCAGAUUUUAAGGCAAAUAAAGUGACAUAGGUGCUUUAUAUUUUAUUUUGGUAUAUUUAAACAGUGUAAAACUAACUGAAAGCAUAUGAAGAGUUGUAACUUGGGGGAAAAUAGGUAAACAUAGCUUCUAGCUAACACAGGAGACCUAUUCUUACUUGGCCUUUAGUAAUUUCAAGCAGUGUAUCUGGUAUGGUAUCUCUUGCUCUCCCUUCAACUCCAAUAAAUUUAAUUACUAAGUGCCAAGUUAACAAAUGAAUUUGCAUUUGGAUUGUAGCUGUGAAGGCACAACUCUAAUUGCUAUUAGUCUACAUAUAUUUCUGUAAUAGUAUUGUGUUGUAUCAAUUUUUAAGAUAUCUAAAUUUUAUGGUCACAAGAAGCUGUUCCUCCUCAGUAUGAAAAAUAAAUUAGAUAUUGAAAAAUGUCUGUCCUUCAGUGAUGGAAAUAAUAUUUCAAAAAGUUUUUUAACCUACUUUUAUUUUGAAUUUAAGUCUUUGCACAUAAAAUAUAGCAAGCUUACAUAUUAAACUAUUUACGUAAAUGGAAUGUAAGCCAUGACUUUUAACCAAAGUGUUCACAUUCACUAAUUUUGAUAGAUUGCUGUCCUUAAUAAUUUUGGAGGAAAUUAAGCCAAAAGAUUAUUGUACUUAAAGUAUUUUCAGAAUGUGGGAAAUCAAUUAAAAAUUUAAUCUAAUCUAGUUUAAGAUUUUUGUUUAAUCAUCAUGGUGGUCCUAACUGGAUAAUUUAAAUAUAAAGACAAGGUAAUUCUAUUAAAUGAACUAACUGAAAAUAAUAAUUAUAGGAAGUGAUUAUUCCAUUUUAAGUAUUAGAACUCAAAUUGGCUUUAUUUGCAUUUAGGGAGAUCAUUUUACUUAAUCAUGCUGGAAUUAAAAAUUAAAAAUUGUUUUACUUGUAUGGAAAUUAACCUUGAUUUAUAACUAUUUUUGUAAUAAAACAGUGACAGCUGUAGUAACUGUGAUACUGUGAUGGAUGUAACAACUUUUUUUUUUAAGAAGGGAAUCUGUUUAUUGCUUUUCAAAAUAUUUUCUAAAGUUGGGGAAGAAAGUUUAUAGACUUUCCAAGCACAUUUAUGGUUUUUUUAUUACUGUUAUUAUGGUUUUAAAAAGAGUAACUUUGUUUCUUUUUGUAAGGAAUUAGUAGUAUCCUUCACAGUUCUGUGAAAGGACUUAUUUUUUAACUUUAAUAUUUAUUAGUUUUAAAAUAUUUGUAUCUUAUUUGUAACAAUUUGUUUUAAUUUUUUAUAUGUAUGUUUUUAUUUUUAAAAAGAACCUACAAGUUGAAUGGGGAUAAAGCUUUCAAUAUCUUAAAAUAUUUAUAAAACAGUUCAUUGACUGUUGCAGAUCACUUCCAAAAUGAUAGCUAUCUAACAACCAAUUAUUAAUUUUUAAGGAACAAAUCACACAUUUUAAAAAUCUGCAGAAUUUAUUUAAACUAUGACCUUUAAUUGAAAAUAAUUAAAAUAUCAGACAUGUUUUGGAAAAGUCUUAAUUUGAGAACACCAAAGGAAACUACCCCAGAUUCUAAUGUAGUUAGCUAUUAAUAACAAUGCAUUAUUGAAAGUAUAUUGCAAAUACAUGUUUCCUCAUGAAAUCUAAAGUUAAAUAAUUUUGUUGUGGAAUAGUGUCACUGUUAUAUUUCCCCCAUGAAGUUCAAUAAACCAGCUUAGCCACAAAG